CGCAAUAGGCACGGAAUAACCAGAAUAUCAUCAUUCUUGCUACGAAAGUCCUUUACCUAAUCUGAGAGUUUCGACCGACGGCUUUUUUUCUCUUGUCUAGCCACGAAGUCAGCUCGCAACACUCGUUCACUGCUGUUUUUCGAUCUCUUUCUUUCGUCACAUGCGAAAUUGCGCAAAACCGCACGCCGCUGCGUAGACAACCCAAAUGUCCGAGCCGCCAUCGUCCCCUCCUCGAGAAGGAACCAGCGUGGAGGAUGCCUUGGCCUGGUAUAAGUCGCAAUACGAAGUGCUGGAGGCCGAGCUGGCCGAAUUCCAAGCCUCGAGCAAGGAACUAGAGGCAGAACUCGAGAAGGACCUAGAUGCGGCCGACAAGCGGGAACGAGCGCUGCGGCAAAAAGCAGAGGGGCUGAGCUUUGAAGUGGAAGAGUGGAAGAGGAAGUAUAAGGAGUCCAAGGCGGAGGCGAAUGCGGCGCAGAAUGCUCUCGAGAAGGAGAUUACGAACCUCCGCGACGCAAACAGAACGCUCCAGCUGAAACUCCGCGACAUCGAGGUUGCCAACGAUGACUUUGAACGCCAGGCACGAACCACCACCUCCUCCCUGGAAGACCUCGAGUCCAAAUACAACGUUGCCAUCGAAAGGGCCGUCAUGCUCGAAGAGGAAAUCAAGAUUGGGGAGCAAGAGCGAGAGCGACUCCGGGUCGAGUCUCAGAGGCUGAAGGAGGAACUUGCCGAUCUUAAGAUCGAAGCCGAAAUUCUGCAGGACAAGCUCAAGAAACAGGAGUCUCGCCAUCUCUCGAGCAUAUCGACCGAUAUCUCUUCGAUUCCAGGCUCUCCCUCGUUUUGCAACUCGCCGCACUCGACCGCGAGCUCUCCGAUGAUCAUGACUCCGCCAGACCUCAAGUCGCUGUCCGCGACGGACACCACCUCGGAACUCCAAGACCCGCCAUCACCUCCCAUGUCUGAUGCCUCCCUGCCGCUGCCCAAAAUAAGCGGGCUGAAGACGCCCGCCGCCCAACGAAAGAGCAGGCUGCCCUCGGCCGAUUCUCACAGUAUCACCCCAAAGCCACGGGCGUUCACGGCUUCCACAUCCUCUUCCCGCUCCGCUCGGGUCGUCACUACCUCCGGUGCCAUGAGAACCCCGGUCCACCGGUCGUCGGCCGCGAAACCCACCCGCACACCCUCUCACAGAGUCGCGCCCUCCAACUCCCUCGCCCACAUUCGGACCCUCACCGCCCAGAUGCAACGGCUGGAAGCCCGCGUGCAGUCCGCCCGCUCCAAGCUUCAGGGCCCCGCCAACACUCCCCCGCGCUCCUCCCCGCGAGGCCCCAUGACCGUUCCCUCAACCGUCACGAUCCGCACCCGCAAGCGCGCCACUGGCUCUACGGCCUCGUCCAGCGCCACCAGCCUCGCCGGCUCCGAGACGACCCCCUCCCAAUCCCGCCACGCUCCAUCCGAUUCCCGCAGCAGCAUCUCUUCCAGCGCGACCAAGCACGUUCCCCGACUUAGUGCAUCGGGCGUCUCGCGCCUUUCCUUUGGCCCCCUCCCCAACCGCAACCCAACCGGCGCCUCCUCCUCCAACAACUCCAACACCACCGGCACCACCACCGACUUCGACUUCAACCGCCCCCCCAGCCGAGCCAGCCAUUCGAGCUACGCCCGCCCCGCAAGCCGCACCGACUCCUACAAUGGCGGCUCGUCAGGUACGACUAUGCCGCCUCCGCGGCCCAUGAGCCGCGCCAGCAUGUCCAGUACCCGCACCCCGCUCAGCAGGCCGCGCAGCAGCCUAGGGAUGCGCAAUGGACACGGCCACGGACACAGCGGAAGCGUGAGCUAUACGGGCAGCAGUGCCGUCAUGGCAGAAGAGGCAGAUGAGAACGGGGGAGUCGCCGUCGACGGCACCGAGUAUCGCACCCCCAGCCGGCGAGGGACGUACAGUCGGCUGGAGAUGGAGGCGGCCCUGGCCGGUGGCGCGGCCGGCGGAAGCGGGAUCCCCGUGCCGACUUCUAGGCGGCAGAGUGGUGGGUCGACAUCGACGGGGAUCUCGAUUUCGGGCAGGAGGACUAGCGGGGCUAGUUCGAGAGCGUUGGGAGAUCUGGGCGAGACUUACUGAAUCAUAUUGUCCCGCCGAACCAGAUCCGCUCGAAGGCGUGGGCACUGGUGGGUUGGUUGCACGUUGGGGGUGCUUGUGUCAAGUUGAAUACUUCUUUAAUGAGCGUUCUGUCAUCAUGUCUCGGGCUCUUGUCUCUCUUUCUCUCUCUAAGGUUGGUCGUCGGUUGCUGCUGAUACCUUGCUC